AUGAAUGGAAAGAUUCCACCCGCCACUCCAGCUACAGCAACAACAACAACAAUGGAACCUCCUUCAUCGCCGUCAACAGCCUCACCAAAAACCAAUAACUCGACGAAACUUCCUUUCAUUAAGAAGGAGAGUACGAGUAAUAUGAUGAUGUCUUCAUCAAGAACAAAUUCCGGUGGAGGAGGAACACCUCAAGUUCGAAGUUUAUCUCGACUUCGGAGUGGAGUCAUGCUGCUCGGAAGCUCAUUGAAUUUGCGUGGAUCGUUGUCUGAUGAUGACGAUGAGGAAAAUAAUUCAGACAGGUCGAAUUCGGCUCAUACCUUUCAUUUGACGGAAGUGGCAUCAGCAAUAGCGAUGAAGAAAAAGUUGAGAAAAACUAAAAAGAUUGUUGGUUGGACUGUUAAGGAAGUUGAAAUCACUAUGGACAACAAGUUGCCCUUUGAGCUUAAAUUCACUGCUUUGGUAAAUAAUUUGAACAAGAACAUUCACUUUUCUGAUGCUGAGACCAAAGCAAUGUUUGAAAAACAAUUCGAUCCCAAUAAUGAGCUGAACCGAAGGAUCAUUGAAAAUUCUUUCUGGUUUGUCUUUUCAGUGUUCUUUCAGGAUAAUUCUGAAGUAUGUGAGAGGUUUAUCAGUGUUCUUGCAAAAGAUGUUGCACGAUUUUCUUUGACUCUUGGGCGACAUAAUCGAGAUGCAUUCUUUGAGGUUUAUCAUUUAGCUGUAUCAUAUUGUAUUUUAAAAGCAUUUAGAAAACAUUUUUCAGGAAGUAAGAAAGAAUUUACAUCAAACUUCAAAGUAAGAGUUUAUGAACUUAUUUGUGAGGUUUUCUUAGGAAUUCGGUACAAAAGAGAAUUUCUUCAAAAGCAAAGAAUGAAAUACUUCCCUAAAAAGAGCGAAGAUACCUUUCUAGAGAAGCUCAUCAGAAAGCAACAAACAAAAAAGAACAAAAUGGACUCAAGUGCCGGAGCAAAAGCAAAGAAAAAAGAAGAUUUUGCUAGCAUCUCGAGAGCCGCUUCACUACGUCCUGAUUCGCCUCCAGAAGGCGAUUUCUAUUCGUCAAGCGAAGAAGAAGAAGAAAUUCCAGAUGAAAUGGAGGAAAUUGAAAAUGCAUCGACACGACAAGAAACUGUAUCAGAUCCAAUACAAAAGUUGGGGCUCGAUGAAAAUUAUCACAGUCUACCCAAAGAAGUAUUGGAGCAAGAAUAUGAGGAGAUUGAAGCCAUGAAAAAAAGGACGAAAAUGGCCAACAAAACGACCAUCAAUCAAGAGACAGGUAAAAAACAAAAACAACUAAGCCCACGCAUGCGGAACCUAGAUUAUGUUAAGCAUCUAUCACAUUCAGAUAUUUUGAAAGAAAAAUAUUGGGGUACUUUUUCAAUGUCACCUUUAAUGAUGAGGGCUUUAGGAAAGCCUCCACCAGAGUUUUCGUUAAAUUAUACCUCUCCAGAAAUGGGAAAGAACAAGGUUAGGCUUAUCAACAAGGACGGAUUUUCAAAGCCUGUAUUUUUCGGUUCUCUCUCUGAUCCUCAAAAACUGCUAAAUAAUGUAAAAAAGUUCCAAAAAGUGUGGCAUCCAGAUAGUUUAGACGAAGUUGACAAAGUCAAGGAAAGACUGAAAACUAAUAAGGAGAUCAAAGAGAGAAAUGUCAAAGAAGCCCAAAGAGAUAUACAGUGGAUUAAAGGAAGUAUCAAAGAAGAGUUAAAACAAAUUGAAAAGGAAAAAGCUGAGGUCCUUAAAAACAAAGAAUCCAUCUCAGGUCUAUGUACUCAAAUACUGAAAAAGCGUUCUGAAGAUGCCUCAUCAAGGAUAGAGAAACGAUAUCAAGCUGUAGAGUCUCACAACUUUAAAGGAACUGCAUUUGCCUCUGUGAUUUAUGAAAAUUACUCAGAGCUUAACAAGAAAUUGUCAAGACUGGACAAGUUAUUAUCAGCGACAGGAGAUAGGUGCUUUAUUACAAAGGAACAGCAUCUCAAAGAAGAGGCAGAGCUUCAGUACGACUUGGACACAAAAGAUCCACCCAAAGCUCACAAUGUCUCACUCUUCGAUUAUUUGCAAUAG